AUGAGGACAGCCGCUUGGAACUGUAGAGGACUAGGCAAUGACCUCGCAGUUCGACGUCUAAAGGAGAUUAAAAAGACUUUCUCUCCAGACAUCAUUUGCCUCUUUGAAACAAAGCAAGGAGAUGACACUGUUAGGGAUGUAGGUGCUGAACUAGGUUAUGAUCGAGUUGUAACAGUGCCUCCAGUUGACCGCACAUUGGUGAAUUCUGAAUGGCUCGCUCAAUAUCCAGCUUCUCACUCAGAGUUCCUAGAACUUAUUGAAUCUGAUCACAGACCAGUUAUCACCACCAUAUCCAAUGACUUCUCUCCCCGUCGAGGUCAGUUCUAUUUUGAUUCAAGACUGGUCAACAGAGAAGGAUUUAGUGAUGCAGUCAAUAAAGGAUGGACAAAGAUCUAUUUCCAUUUGAAAAAAGCAAACCGUCCUAAUGCUCGAGAAGAAAUAGGAAUCUUGACGAAACUCCUUGAUCAAGCUCACACUAACGGUUCUUCUACGCAACAUAUUCGAGAUCUCAGACAGAAGUUAAGUUGUGCAUAUCACAGUGAAGAAGAGUUUUGGCGAAUUAAAAGUCGUAAGACAUGGUUGGAAAGUGGUGAUCGCAAUACUAAGUAUUUUUUUGCCACGGCAAAAAAUCAUACAGCUCGUAAUAAGCUAUAUUCGAUCCUGGAUGAUGACAGACGUGAGCACUGUGGUGAUAGUCAAAUAGGCAGAGUUGCAGAGGCCUAUUUCACCAAUUUAUUCAAAAGUGAGUUGUCAACGCAAAACAACCACUUUCAUGUUUUCAGAGGCUUCCAUCAGCGUGUCACACCUGAGAUGAAUGCAGACUUGGUGAAACCUAUUACUGAAGAAGAAAUCAGUAAUGCAGUCUUUGAUAUUGGUGCAACUAAAGCCCCGGGUCCAGACGGCUUCACAGGAGCUUUCUUUCAAAGCUAUUGGGAAACAACGAAAGAUGCAGUUAUACAAGAAGUAAGUCAAUUUUUUGAACGAGGCGUCUUUGAUAAAUCUCUAAAUCACACAAAUAUUUGUUUAAUACCGAAGACCACUGAUGCGAAGCACAUGAGUGAGUUUCGUCCCAUUGCUUUGUGUAAUGUCAGCUAUAUGAUAAUCUCCAAGGUGUUGGUAGGCAGACUCAAACAGCACUUACAUUACAUCAUCUCGGAAGAACAGGCUGCAUUCAUUCCUGGAAGAAACAUUACUGAUAAUGUUCUUAUAGCACAUGAGCUCAUUCAUGCUCUAAAGGUGAAACGUCGUUGUGCUAACUCUUAUAUGGCGAUUAAAACAUAUAUCACGAAGGCCUAUGAUCGUCUAGAGUGGGAUUUCCUCCAGGAAACAAUGCUUAAAUUCGGCUUUGAUACAAAAUGGGUGCAAUGGAUAAUGACAUGUAUUCGGUCUCCAACUUUCUCAGUUGAUAUCAACGGUAACCCUCAGGGAUUUAUUCAGCCAGAAAGAGGUAUACUACAAGGUGAUCCACUGUCCCCUUAUUUAUUUAUCCUUUGUGCUGAGGUCUUAAGUCACAUGAUGAAGCGAGCAGAGGCAGAAGGUUUAAUCAAAGGGAUAAAGAUAAGUAACGCAAGCCCUGCUAUUAGCCAUUUACUCUUCGCAGACGACUCCUUAUUCUUCUGUCAAGCGAACAUCAAAUCCUGUACAGCCAUACGAGACAUUCUAACUCAAUAUGAAAGAGCUUCUGGACAGCAAAUAAAUAAUCGAAAAUCUGCUCUGACCUUUGGUAAGCGAGUUCCUGAUGCACUCAAAACACAGAUACGUAGGCGAUUGAAUAUACACAAUGAUGGUGGGUGUGGGAAGUAUUUGGGUCUUCCAGAGCAAUUUGGAAAUGCAGUCCAUUGGGUGGCUUGGGAUCGGUUGAAGUUUUUGAAAACAGAGGGAAGUCUUGGUUUUAGAGACUUAGAACGGUUUAACGAUGCACUUCUCGCUAAGCAGAUUUGGCGUAUACUGCAACACCCAACUAGCCUCCUAUCACGUGUCCUCAAAGGCAGAUACUUUUCCAAUACAUCUAUACUUGAAGCUUCACGAGGAACUCGACCCUCCUUUGGAUGGCCACUCCUCGUUGGUCGUGACUUGUUAAAACAAGGAAUGCGAUUUACAAUAGGCAAUGGAGAAUGUAUCAACACAUGGACAGACCCUUGGCUUCCAGUGCAUCCCCCUCGUCCCCCUCGACAAGCAAUAGACCAACAACCUGAUAUAUCUACUGUCAACUCCUUUCUUCUCCCGAACAGAGGCGGCUGGAAUGAAGCUUUACUACGAGAACAAGUCCACCCAGAUGACAUCAAUCAUAUCCUAAGAAUCAGAACUAGUCAUUGGCAACAACACGACUAUCUAGGAUGGCACUACACUGAGAAUGGUUUAUAUUCAGUAAAGUCUGGAUAUUGGCUUGCAACCCAUCUUCCAAAUCAAGAAUUCCAAGCAAGACCUCCUUAUGGAAACCUCCAAACAAAAACGAACAUCUGGAGAACCAACCUCCCACUAAAGUUCAAACAUUUUCUGUGGCGUUUAUCCUCAAGAGCAUUGGCUACUGGCGCUGAGCUGGAACGACGACAUAUCACUCCAGAUUCACUUUGCAAGCGAUGUGUCUCUGAAGUUGAAACAUCUGAACACUUAUUCUUCACGUGUCCGCAUUCGUCACAAAUCUGGCGCGGUUCCCAUAUACCACUUAGAAGUCUACUAAACCCCAAUGAUUCAAUUGACACCAAGAUUAAGGCGAUUUUGGAGUUUUCAAAACAGAGAGAUAGAAAUGAUCGACUUUCUAUCCUACCAUUUUGGAUCCUAUGGAAAAUUUGGACAAGUCGCAAUAAGCUUACAUUCCGGAAGAUUACUCAUAGUUGGCAAAGAGAUCUACGUGAAGCUAAACAAGAAGCUGAUGAAUGGCUGGCAUCGUUACCACCACCUACGACUCAAACACUCCAAAGCACAGGUACAUCACGUAAUCGUGAUAGAGAAAACGCUAUUUGGAUCAGACCACCUUUAGGAUGGGUCAAGUGUAACUAUGACGGCAGCUACAUUAACGGAAACUCACACGCAACGUCGGCAUGGUUAAUACGUGAUGAUCAAGGUCACUUUAAAGAAGCUGGACAAACCACCGGAAUAUUAGUUAAAUCCCCAAUUGAAGCAGAAUGUCAGAGCUUAAUAUAUGCUAUGCAACAAUCUUGGAGAAGUGGCUUCACCAACAUAAUCUUUGAAGGAGAUUGUCAAAAUCUUAUUACUGCCCUCAAUCAUCGUUCCCUCAGGUUUGAUAUCUAUAACUGGUUACAAGAUAUACAAGGUUGGGCCACUAGGUUUGACAACGUCAUUUUCCGGUGGACCUCACGGCGUUCGAAUAUCUUGGCAGAUAAGUUGGCUAAAGAUCAAAGAAACAGAUCAACACAAUUUCUCUAUCAUUCUACUGUUCCGUUAUGUAUUUCCUCUGUUUUCAACUCUAUUCCAACCUUUCAAUAA